AUGCUGGCAGUCUUGCGGCUAUACGAGCACCGCACCAACAUCGAUAUGUGGUCUUUCUUGCUUGAGCCUCUGCGCAACCUCGUCCCGUGCGAAGAGGUGAAGAUUGUUGUACGUUGCAUCGCUCCCCCUCAAGUCUCUUCUUUGGGUGCACAUGACCGCGAGGCACGCAGGCGGGUCAUCGCCGUGACCACCGUCGAUCGCUGGCCGCCAGAGCGCAUCGAAGGCCACGCCGCGCUGACGCAGCGCAUCCAGGUGAUUCCUUCCCACGAGGCCGUGAGACGCAACUGGGACCGCUACGAGGUCGUGCAGUCCCACUGUGACUCGCCGAGCGCGGGCCGCGCCACCUGCCGUGCAUGCAAUGUCGGUGGCGGCCUGCGCUGUCUGGCCGCCGUGCCGCUCUUCGAUGCUGGGGGCAACGUGCUCGCCGUGGCCAAGUUCCUGAAUCGCCGGCUUUGGUCUCUGGAUGGGCAACAGCAGCCGAGCCUAGAGUUUAGUCAGCUGGACCUGACCAUGUUGUCGGCCUUCUCUGCGAUCUUUGCAUGCGUUGCCCCUCAUCCUUUCCUGCCCUUGCUGGGCACUGGGCAACUCCAUCGCCCACAGGUGAAGCUGUUCUUGGGGGAUUAUCAGAUGAAGGUCACGCUUCGCUGGCAAGUGCCUGUGGAGCUGCGUGGCCAGCUCUGCCACGAGGUCUGCUUUGGCGUGGUACAGCACGAAGAUGAGUUUCUCGGCUUUGCGGGUCCUGGCCGCAGCCAGGCACACGAGGAGCUUCAGAUGGUGCCCUGUGGCUACCUCGAGCCGCUGGAGGACGGCGAGGAGUCUUCGGCGGAGCAGGAGCUCAGCUUCGAGUUCGAGGUGCCCAUCCUCCAUGCGGGCCCUGACUACGCCUUCAGCGUCCGCUGCAGGAACCAGCAGAUGGCUUUGGACUGGUCGGAGCCGUCAAUGCGCGUCUCCACGUGCCUGGUGCCUCCCUAUCCCGAGCGCGAGGGCCUCCGGCUCACGCCUCUCAGCGAGAGUGCGGUCUUGCUGGAAUGGGUGCCUUUCCGCACCUGUGGGGAGCUCCUCUUGGUGGAAUACCGUGUGGUGGCGCAGGCGCAGAGCUGCAGCGGCGGCAGCGGCGGCAGCGGCAAGGCGCCAGGGCCGGACUUGGAGGACCAGGACCAUGAGGAGCUUGGGGAGCAGGUGGUGGCCUGCUUCGUCUCUGAUGGCUCGAAGCAGUGGGAGAUGACCACAGUCAGCUACCUGCAGCCUAACGUCAGCUACAGCUUCGCUGUGGAAGCACGUUACCCACACGUGGGGCCACGCGACUUCUCUCGGGCUCUUCGCAGCGAGAGCUUCUGCUCUCCGACGGCGGACAUCACGUUGCCCGCUCCCCAGCCCUUGGCCCUGGACUCGGCCUCGCCGGUGGAGGUCGCUGCGCCUGGGGAGGCGCCACAGGUACCUUCACCCCCCCUGCUGCUGCGCUGGCCCUAUCCAAAGGAGCUCUCCAGUCAGCUGGUCUUGCAGUACCGUGCUGCAACGGCGGCUGCGUUGAACCGAUUUCAGGUCUCCAUGUGGAACACGGUCCCGGCGAAUGCUUCUGUGGAGGCGCGCCUCAGGUUGCAGGCGGGUGGUGACCCUGAGCGGCUCCAGCUCAGACUCCUGCGCUUGAACUGUGAGUGCACUGCCAUCCAGCUCCGAGUCCUCAUGACCCAAGGCCGGGGCCGUGCCGCCUCGCCACCCUCGGCCUGGUUCUCUCCCAAACCCCCAAACAGGCCACAAGGAUUGGAGCUGCAGCUCCGGCCCGAAACGCACGGCCUCUCCCUGCAUCUGAGCUGGGAGCAGCCGGCUUCGCAGCUCCGUGGCUCGGUGGAGGACUUGGGUCCCGUGGCCUAUGCUGUUCAGCACGAUUUCUCCCGUGGAAACGGGAUCCAGGCAACGCGGUUCCAGGUUCGGCUUCGCUGGGCCGACACAGAUCGCACCUGGGAGGUGCUGCAGCCGCAGCUGAUGCCCCGACCGCGCCCGACUUCGGGCCAUGGAGGUUCCAAGGAAGAGGCGACGCAGGGCUACGACUGGAGCUUCCGCGAUCCCUCCUGGCUCCGACCCGGCAGCCGUCUCGAGGUGCAGAUGCGCCACAGCAAUGCAAUCCUUUGGUCGAGCUGGUGCAGCAGCAGCAGCAUCCUGGUAUCAGUCGCACCGCCGCGGCCGACCGGGACCGGGGAGCUGUUCCUCGAGGAAGUGUCGGAGUACUCGGCAACUUUGUGCUGGCCACGUUGCUCGCCCGGGGAGUCGUCCUUGGCAAUGCUGGACAGCGAUUCGCGUGGGUGCAUGGGUGCGUGGGGGUGUGUGGGGGUGCGUGGGGGUGCGUGGGGGUGCGUGGGGGUGCGUGUGGGCGUGUGCGUGUGGGCGUGUGCGUGCGUGUGCGUGCGUGUGCGUGCGUGCGUGUGUGCGUGCGUGCGUGUGGGCGUGUGGGCGCGUGUUGUGGGCGCGUGUUGUGGGCGCGUGUUGUGGGCGCGUGUGGGCGCGUGUGGGCGCGUGUGGGCGCGUGUGGGCGCGUGUGUGGGCGUGUGUGUGUGGGCGCGUGUGUGGGCGUGUGUGUGGGCGUGUGUGGGUGUGUGUGUGGGUGUGUGUGGGGUGUGUGUGGGUGUGUGUGUGGGUGUGUGUGUGUGUGUGUGUGUGUGUGUGUGUGUGUGUGUGUGUGUGUGUGUGUGUGUGUGUGUGUGUGUGUGUGUGUGUGUGUGUGUGUGUGGUGUGUGUGUGUGUGUGGUGUGUGUGUGUGUGUGUGGUGUGUGUGUGGUGUGUGUGUGUGUGUGUGUGUGUGUGUGUGUGUGUGUGUGUGUGUGUGUGUGUGUGUGUGUGUGUGUGUGUGUGUGUGUGUGUGUGUGUGUGUGUGUGUGUGUGUGUGUGUGUGUGUGUGUGUGUGUGUGUGUGUGUGUGUGUGUGUGUGUGUGUGUGUGUGUGUGUGUGUGUGUGUGUGUGUGUGUGUGUGUGUGUGUGUGUGUGUGUGUGUGUGUGUGUGUGUGUGUGUGUGUGUGUGUGUGUGUGUGUGUGUGUGUGAGUGAGUGA